GAUACAAGACAUCAGUCCAGGUCGUGCAGUUUAACCUCCAUAAUUUGAGAAUUAACAAUGAGUUGUUUAUGGAUGGGAAACCUUGAACCUUAUAUGGAUGAAAAAUUUAUAUCUCGAGCUUUUGCUACCAUGGGGGAACUGGUAGUAGGAGUAAGAAUCAUCCGAAAUAAGAUGAACUGGGGUGCUGCGGGCUACUGCUUUGUGGAGUUGGCAGAUGAAGCGACAGCUGAGAGAUGUCUGAGAAAAGUGAAUGGGAAACCCAUCCCUGGAGCCACGCCGCCAAGACGGUUCAAGCUAAAUAAAGCUACUUAUGGGAAACAAGGAGAUAAUAGAGGUGGAUAUUCGGACAACAGAUACGGUCAACCUUACAGCUACAACCAUAACCAGUACUACCAACAGUAUCCUAACUACUACUCCAACUGGGGAUAUGACCAGAAUACAGGCGGUUACAGCAGCUACAACUACAACCAAUAUGACUAUAAUAAUCAGACUUACGAAGAGCUGAAUGAAGAUGAUGCACUUGAAGAUCCCUCGGUAGAGUUGGAUGUGGUUGAGGCUAACAGACAAUUCAUUCAGGAGAGUGAAGAACUCUACGAUGCACUCAUAGAAUGCCACUGGCCAGCUUUGGAAUCACUUGACGUUUCUAAAACCCAGUAAACCAUCAGACGGACCCAGAGAAUUUAUUCCUUAUAAUAUUUUGAUGGAUAUUUCCAUCUGGACUCUUUAAAAUUACCAGCGUGAUGGUGAAAGAACAUAAUGUUUCUCCAUUUCGGACUCAGUGGGUGCCUCAUGUCUGCCUGACUCUAUGUGAGCUGGUGAAUCGGUCAGAGCUAAAUGUGUGCACAUAUGGACUCUUUGAUACUUCACAGAGAUGAUGAGCUAAAUGGCUUGAUUCACUUUUUAUACUUGGUAUGUCCUUUGAAUCUCUCAUGGUUAGAUGGACACUUUGGUAUU